GUGUAGGCUUGUACCGUCAGAAUAAUUCAGGUAGGGAAGGUCUGGGAAGGCUUUGCACACACAUCUGUAAAGCAGCAAAACGUACUUCAUUAUACCUCCUCAAAAGAAAACACAUGGCCUCCGUUGAUGUCAUCAUGGCUUGGGGCGAGUCACUUUACCAUCUUCUUGAAUGUAAAACAGGCCGGCUGGUGUUUGAAAACUACUUGAGGACAGAAUACAACGAUGAGAAUCUUUUGUUUUGGCUGGCCUGCGAAAACUACAAAACACAUUCUGGUGUGACAGAAAUGAAAGUUGAUGCCACGAGGAUUUACAAAGAGUUUGUCCAAGUUGAUGCACCCAGACAGGUGAACAUUGACUGUGUGACAAGAAAAGAAAUCAGAGAAAAUAUCUCUCAUCCGGGGCCAAAUUGCUUCGACAGGGCACAGAGGCUGAUAUACCGUCUGAUGGAAAACGACUGUUAUCCUCGAUUUCUAAAGUCUGAGCUGUAUGCAGCUCUCCUGGAACGGGCUGAAGGGAAAUGAAAGCAACAUGAAGAAAAACAGCUCAUCAGAUGCUUCUUUGCAUGAUUGACUCCACUUCAGAAGAAUUUUUGGAAUAGCAGAUUAAACAAAAAAAAAAAAAAAA